UUUUUUUUUAAAUCAACAAAUCUUUGAUUCUUUGGACAAUUACGAUUGUUGCCAUGAAUCUGUAUAUUAAUUUGACAUUUUUUCCAGAAACAAUAGUUGGCGAGAGACGAAUGAAUAGAAAUAUGAGAAGCUAAGCGGAAGUUGUGAAGGUAGAGCUUUGUGCGUACGACAAGAGGUUAGUAUUAACCAGAGACUGUGCAAAGGGCAUUACAUGGUUGAAUGACGCUUUUGCAUAUUAACUUUAUGAAAUGAAGUGAGAGUAGAUCAGACACCGCUCGGGCUUCAGAUGAGGGCUCUUCUUGGCUCCUUGCGCAACCUCAGUUUUCUCUCUCGGAGUUACUCAGUGACCCCGCAGCGACGGGGUCUGUGUAACGCACCCAUGCGUCUAGUGCAGUUUCAUCACCACGGUGAUGGAGAAGGAGUCAGAGUUGGGGUGGAGCAGGACAUAGGCCUCGAUGUGGUGGACCUCAGGGCGUUUGACCCCUCCAUGCCUUCCACUCUGAAAGAGCUUCUGGAGAUGGGAGAUAAAGGCCUGGAUUGUGCAUGGAGGGCACUGUCUUCUGGCCAGUGUGUGCUAAAGCGCUCGGACAUCAGGCUGUCGUCUCCCAUUUUAGCCCCGGAGAAGGUGGUUUGUGUGGGUCUAAACUACCGUGACCAUUGCCUGGAACAGAAUGCCCCCAUCCCAAAAGAGCCCAUCAUCUUCAGCAAGUUUCCCAAUGCAAUCACGGGCCCAUAUGAUGACAUUUUUCUUCCUUCCGAGAGCCAGGAGGUGGACUGGGAAGUGGAGCUGGCUUUUGUGAUUGGACGGCGAGGGAAGCACAUCAAGGAAGAAGAGGCCCUUUCCUACGUGGCGGGCUUCAUGGUGGCCAAUGACGUCAGCGCGCGUGACUGGCAGAUGAAGCGGAAUGGAAAGCAGUGGCUGCUCGGAAAGACGUUUGAAAGCUUUUGUCCGCUCGGCCCCGCAUUAGUGACCACAGAUGCUGUGCGAGAUCCUCACAACUUGGGAAUUCGUUGCCUGGUCAAUGGGGAAAACGUUCAGAGCAGCAACACCAAUCAGAUGAUCUUCAAGACUGAGGCGCUGAUCUCCUGGGUUUCAAAGUUUGUGACAUUAACUCCCGGAGACGUGUUCCUGACAGGCACCCCUCCUGGCGUAGGGGUGUUCAGAAAGCCGCCCGUCUUCCUUAAGAAAGGAGAUGUUGUGGAGUGCCAAAUAGACCUGUUGGGAUCCAUCGUCAACAGAGUGGUUUGAACUGAGAGACAAACUGUGUGGUAAAAAAUCAUGACUAACUGUUGGAAUUGCUUAUUUCUCGAUGGAAGCAAAUUGUUUGAUAUACGGUAUGGCUUCAUGUGGCAUUUAGAAAAAAAUGGCAGUAAGCACAUAGAAAAUAAACUUAUUCCAAAAUGCGAAUUCAGUA